UAUAAAUUGCCUGUGCCGACAGUGGGCCACCAGAAAGGAGACAGGAUCCAUGGGUUAAAGACGGGGUGUUCUGACGGGUUGGGAACUGCCAACCAGCUCCAUCUGGGCAAAAUCCAGAGAAUUUUAGAAUCUUGUCAUUUUCAAACCUCCAGAGGUAACCAUUGACUCAUAAGAAGGCCCAUCUGGUCUGUCUUUAUUUUAGUGAAGUCUGGAAGCGAAGGUAAAGACAUGUUUAAGUCAGACUUGCUAGAUGUUCCUGCUGUAGUCAUUGACAAUGGCUCAGGAAUCUGUAAAGCAGGGCGGUCUGGAGAUAUCGCACCCUGUAUUGUUCUUAGCUCAGUUAUAGGAUAUCCUAGACAUAACAUAUAUUCUAAAAAAAAAUACAAAACCAAGUACUCUGUUGGAGAUGAAGCUCUGGGGAAGUAUCGUUCUCUAUAUUUACAUUUUCCCAUAGAACGUGGACAGGUAACAGCAUGGGAUGACAUGGAGAAAUUCUGGAGCCAUGUUCUUGAGAUAGAGCUGGAAACAAAACCUAACGAACAGCCCAUACUCCUCAGUGAGCCCUCCUUGAACCCGAGGGAGACUCGAGAACGAAUUACAGAGUUAAUGUUUGAGAAAUUCAAUGUUCCAGGUUUCUAUCUGGCCAACCAUGCAGCAAUAGCUCUAUAUGCGUAUGCCUGUGUCACAGGCCUUGUGAUUGACAGUGGCGAAGGACUGACUUGCGUGGUCCCCAUCUUUGAGGGUUAUGCUCUGCCUCAUGCAGUCAGCAAGCUCUGUGUUGCAGGCAGAGACAUCACUGAUCGCCUGACCCGUCUCCUUCUGGCAAACAAUUACAUCUUACCCUGCAUAUUCAACAAGGCCGUAGUGGAUGACAUCAAGGAGAAGACGUGUUGCAUCACUUUGGGAUCAGAUAAAACACUACACAAGAGAGUGGAGGAAUACAUACCGCCAAGACAAUACAUACUUCCAGAUGGAAAUGUCAUCUCUGUUGUGGACAGUAUGAUGAAAGUACCAGAAGUUCUUUUUUCACCUAAUAAGAUGGGCAUUAAUACUCCAGGCCUCUCAGAAAUGGUCUCCAACAGCAUCGCAAAAUGUGACACUGACAUCCAUAAAGACCUGUUUGCAGAAAUUGUGCUGUGUGGUGGCAGCACCCUCUUCCGGGGACUGGAGCAACGACUCCUGAAGGAACUGGAACCGUUAGCUUCUGAAGAGAACCACAUUAGGAUCAUCGCUUCUCCUGAUAGGUGUUUCUCCGCAUGGAUCGGCGCCUCUGUUAUGACAUCUCUGAGCACCUUCAAGCAAAUGUGGGUCACUUCUUCAGAAUUCAGUGAAUUUGGGGCCUCUAUAGUUCAGAGAAAGUGCUUUUAAGAAGCAUUGAACACGAAGAGCCGCUGGAAGUGCAAGAUUGCAGGAGUACCUGUGUUGGGGGGGAUUACCAGCAUGCCUGC